UACCCCUCAGAACUUCCUCUUCUCCUCUCUUCUACCCCCUGUAAAAUCUGGGCCUCUCUCUUCUGGCUUUCUGAUUCUCUUCAGGUCUUCUAGAUUUAAAGCUCUGAAACUCUGCCAUUAGAGACCCAUAUCUCUCUACGAAAGAAGAUCACUCUCUCUCUCUCUCUCUCUCUCUUUCCUUCUGUAUCAAAUAUUUUUUGAUGCUUAAUAUCUUUUUCUUGAUGUUUGAGACACUAUGUCAUCUCCAGUAGUCAGUGAAAUCCUCACCCUCCGGCGCAGGACCCACUUAGUUCAGUCCUUCUCUGUUGCUUUCCUCUACUGGUUCUACGUUUUUUCAUGAACAAGCUCUCCUUCUUGUCUAGCUAGACCCCAUAACUAGGUCUUCUUAAUAUACAUAUUAUAUUUAAGUUAUUUUCAAAUAAUUAGCAUCUAGGUCCUGUGCUUUACUAUUAUCAAGCAUAACCCAGAUAGAUAAAUCUUGUUUUUCUUGAGCUUAAUAUUGAUAAUACUACUGGUGAUAACAAUAUAUCUUAAAAUAACUAUUUUUGUUAAGCAUACUAUAUAUGGCUUCUUCUAGUGGAGCUUCUACAGGGUCUGAAGGCGAUGAUCUCCAGCAAGUUAUGGAUCAAAGAAAGCGGAAGAGAAUGCUUUCAAAUCGUGAAUCGGCACGUCGAUCAAGGGUGCGCAAACAGAAGCACGUGGAUGAUCUGAUGGCCCAAGUGUGUCAGCUCACAAACGAGAACAGCCAAAUCCACACUACCAUGAACAUCACCCUCCAGCACUACAUGAACAUUGAGGCUGAGAACUCAGUUCUCAGAGCUCAGAUGGCUGAGCUCAGCCACAGAUUAGAGUCUCUCAGUGGGAUCAUCAAUUACAUAAACUCAACAACUGGUCUUUUUGAGAGUACAGAUCAACAGGGCACUCAGACCCAUGAUGAUAAUAGCUUCAUGAACCCAUGGAGUUCUAAUAUCUAUGUGAACCAGCCCAUAAUGGCCUCUGCAGACAUGUUUAUGUAAUAAUCCUUUUAGAUCAAUCUUGGUCUCCUAAAAUACUCAUAAUCUUGCUGAGUUGGUGUUGCUUGUGGUGCUUGUCCAGGUUUCUAAUAAGUGGACAAUAGUCUAUAUAUAUAUAGUAGUCUCUCAUGUCUUAUCCUUUUUCUUUUUCUUUUUCUUUUUCUUUUUUCUUUUUUAUGUGAAUUAGGUUCCUGCCUGUAAUGUCAAAGGCAAAAAAAAUAUUUUAGAGAGGAUUGUGAACGAUGUAAUUGGGUUCUUGGUCUGUAAUUGGGUUACUAUAUAUUGAUAAUGAUAUAUAAUUAAUAAUUGUGUUACUUUAA